AUGCCCGGACAGAAGCUCUACCCCCGCGCAACCGUCAAGAAGAUUGUCAAGGCUCACUCGAAUUGCAACGUGAGCAAGAACGCUGAUAUCAUGAUAUUUCUCGACUAUAUGCUCUUCAUGCAAACGCAUACCAAACAGGGGGGCGAGCGAGGGAUUACGGCGCGCAGCGUCAGAAAGGUCACAGCAGUAAGUGCUCUUGUUAUCUGCAGUGCUGAUUCCGAUGAUGUAUCGCGGAUCUCAGCGGCUCACGCGCUCUUAUGACAUAGGACUCGCUAGCGAAGUUUAGAGGAUGAUGUUCAGAUUAACCUACCCGCCCCGGGCGGGUGACCUUACACCCCGUGCAAGGAGACAUUCAUCCCACUUGCAAACGCUUCCGUU